AUGGCUCCGAGAUCCGAUUCACAAAACCUAGCCACCGGCUCCGCCAUGUCAGAGACGUCUGGCGAAUCAUCGAUCGAUCCGAUCUUCCACAUUCUCCGUAUCGUCCCUUUCUCUUUCCUCCGGCCACCGCGUCUUCGUCUCAAGCUCCCUUCCUUCACGCUCCCGUCGCCGAUGACUGUGUUCUCGCUGAUCCUCCUCACCUACUUCCUCGUCAUCUCCGGCUUCGUCUACGACGUGAUUGUCGAGCCUCCGGGUAUCGGUUCGGCCCAGGAUCCAAUCACCGGGGCGAUAAGGCCCGUCGUGUUCAUGUCGGGUCGGGUCAAUGGUCAGUACAUCAUCGAAGGCCUCUCCUCUGGAUUCAUGUUCGUGCUCGGUGGGAUCGGGAUCAUAAUGCUGGAUCUCGCUUUGGAUAAGAAUCGAGCUAAGAGCGUCAAAGCAUCGUACGCUACUGCUGGAAUCUCCUCCAUUGUGAUCGGUUAUGUCAUGAGUAUGCUCUUCAUCCGCAUCAAAAUCCCUGGUUAUCUCCAGUAG